AUGACCGUCCUUCCCCCAAGCUACCUCAAGCCGCGCCUUGUGCUCAUAUACGAGCACGGCGUGUUGCCAAAGCAGACUUUCCUCCAGAUCGGCCUUAUUCCGAUCGAGAGACCGAUCCUAGACAGCGACGGCGAGAUCAAGACUUGCUUUUGCGCCGACCCGCUCGACGCCAGCAACCCAGCCGUAAAGGAUGAACCAUUAAAGCGAACUUUCCUCGCGGCCUCGGACUGCGGACACGCACAUGCCCGUGAAUGUAGCAUCACAUGGUACAGCGACCACAGCCGCUGCCCAUAUUGUGGCGUAAACCAUUACGACACAGACGGAGACAUCAAUCAAGCCCUCGAGGUCAGUCAAGACCUGUUCGACAUGAAGCAAGGGUUCUACAACCUAUACAGUUCUUCGAGCAUGGUCUCCGACGAGAAGAUCAGGCUGGAGGCUCCAAGACUGAGGCAUAGUGUUUUCUUCUCUCAGCAUACCAUCUCCUCAUCACAGCCUGCGAUCCGACCAAGGGCGCACAGUACGGAACCUUUGGCAUGGCUGCCUCUGGUGACGGACGCAUAG